AGGGAGACUCCUUGCUUCAGUGCUCGCGAUCGCUGUACGAUAUAGGUGCUGGGCGUUUCAUUCAGGAUGUUGUAUUAGACUUCUCUAUAACCGCCAAUGAACUAUUGAGAUCACAGGGUGGGUAGGACGGCUACACCGCAGUGAAAUCCAGCUGGAGACAUGGCGGAGAGUUCUAUACUUACCUGUGUAGUGGUAAUCCUGUCAAUUUUACCUGGGUCGCUUGGGGACAACUACAAUGUCGGGGGGCUUGUGGCGGCCUCCAUCGUUUCCUUCUUUGCUUUCGUGGCCAUGAUUGUGAUGCUGGUCCUGGUUGUCACAUGGAAUCACUGGUUCCCUCGAUACCAAAACUGGCGAGGGAGAACCAAGAGACCCAGGCCUAUCAAACCCAAGUUAGAUUUCCCUCCACAACAAAAUGGAGUCCAGCAUAUUCCCUUAUCCAAUCAAAAUUCAUCCCGUCCCGGAUCCCGGCCGUCUACACAAAGAGGGGUGAUUGUCUCAAAAUCACAGAAUGGGGCUCCUGCUGUUUACAGUGCUGUAAAACCUUCAGAUAGCUGGACCCAAGCAAACUCACCAACAGGAUAUGAAGAAAAGACUGGUCAGAUAAACUUCGGUGAAGAAGAGGAUGAGGUAAUUGUUACAGAAAUUUUAAGGACAUCCCAAAUUGCAAACGGGGGCGGCAUCAAUACCGGCCCAUCUCAGAGCAAUGGUAUUGGACAGACGGUGACGGCAGACGAAAUCGAGCUGACGUUAGAACGGCAGCCAAUGGAGGAAGACAAGACCACAGGCGGAAUCAUGGAUUUUCCGGAGGAUGAAGCGGUCGUGCACCUUAGCGCCAGUAAGCGUGACCAAAACGACGGUGAAAUGAUUCUUUACUGAUCUCAACAAAUUAGUAGAACAGAACAGGAUAACAUCAUAAUCAAAAUGACAGAACUAGCAUUUUAAUUCCACAGUUCGUACCGAAGUAUAUAUAUUAUGCGAUGUUUGCAUUGUUGUUUAACAAUUAUGACUUUUCACUAUAUUGUCGUAUUAUAUGUAGUUUGUAAUGUUUGUGUGUGUUCAUAUUUACAUGUAUCCCUUGUUUGAACAGUAUAUAUGUUAUAUUGUUACUACACAAAAUAUCGUGUUGCUUCUGCAAUAUAUGAAAGACAAUGUUUUAACCAGAUUGAAUUUUAAAGUAUUUUUGUACUCAAUAUUUUUUUUUAUUAAUUUUAUAAUAAAAUUUCCAAUUGUAAAAGUUUU